AACUUAAAACUAGAGUGUAAAUAUUUUUAGACACGGAAACGGGCAGAACACAAGGUUAGAAAAGUUUCAGAAUUAUAGAAGCAAAAGAAAGUUCUGUAGAAAAUGAAACUGUAAAAACUCCGAGUUCGUUUUUCUGGUUAGUAAGAAAGAGUGCAUAUGAAAACUACGCAAGUUCGCUUGCAGAUAAGAUAGCGUACUGUAUUUUGCAGCAGAGGUUCUUUGAGAAACUUAGAGCGAGGAUUUUGAAGCCAAUCAAAUAUCAGUAUCAGUAUCAUCAAAUAAUUUGUUGAGUCUGACGGAUAGAAAUUAUCCCAGUUCAUUCACAGGAUGAAGACUGGCGAAGAAUCAAGCGAGAAAAAUAAUAAAGGAGAUCAUCUUUCUCUAAAUAUUGGCACGGUAGCAGCAGAUGUGAGAAAGGCUUUGGAAACCUUAGGUCCAAACCCUUUAUCGGACGAGUGUUGUAUCUAUAAAGUUCCAAAGCGACUGCGAGUGUUAAACGACAAGGCCUACACACCUCAAGUAGUCUGCAUUGGUCCAUUUCAUCGUGACAACAAGGAGCUGCAAGAAAUGGAUGAACAUAAAAGAAUGUACCUGCAGGAUUUUCUUAAAUGGAGCAAUGCAAGCUUGGAGGACUUUAUCGAACUAAUAGGCGGCCGUGAAGCAACAUUGCGUAAUUGUUAUGCCGAAACCUUUGAAGAUAUUAUCAGUGAAGAAUUUGUGAAAAUGAUCUUAGUAGAUGCUGCCUUCGUAAUUAUGGUCAUACUGAAACAACUCUUCCAUGCCUACCGAGGCAGAAACGACCGUAUCUUCUCUUGUCCAUGGAAGAUACGUGAGGUAGGGAUUGACCUGUGCUUGCUUGAAAACCAGAUCCCAUUCUUCAUUCUCCAGGACAUGCUUAAGCUAUCCAAGAUAUUCUUCCCUUACAAGGAAAGUAAAUUAAUUAUACUUGUCCAUGAAUUCUUAAAAACUGUGUGGGACUCAUGGGUCACAGAUGUUUGUAUGGAGAUAAACAGUUCUUCUGAAAUAGAACAUUUUGUUGACUUCCUGAGAAUUUAUCAGCAACCAACAAGGCCACGCCGGCUAAAGAUACUCAAACGCCUAUCCACAAAAACUGCGAAGACGCUACAUCAAGCUGGGGUCAAAUUUCAGUCAGGCUUGGACCAAAAAUUGCUUCACAUAGAAUUUGAUAAAGCGUUUCUGAAAAUCCCACCGUUCAGAAUAUCAGAUGAUACGGAAAUCUUAUUGAGAAAUCUUCAAGCCUUUGAGCAAUGCCAUUGCGGUGACAAUUAUGUAGGUAACUAUAUUUACAUGAUGGAUUUGCUUGUUGAUUCUCCUGAGGAUGUUGAAAUUCUUGUUCGGUAUGGAAUUAUAGAAAAUUUGUUGUCAAAUAAUGAAGCAGUGUCUACUCUUUUUUACAAUCUUUCCAGAGAAAAUAUGAUCUCCUCAAAGAAUUUCUACUUCUCUGAUGUCCUGGAUGAUUUGAAUAAGUACUACGGAAGAGAUUGGCCGAAAUGGAGAGCAAACUUGAGACAAAAUUAUUUCCAAAAUCCAUGGUCCAUAUUCUCUGUUAUUGCUGCUGCUUUUCUCCUCCUACUUACCAUCAUCCAGGCGGUGUGUUCCAUUAUUCAGCUCGUUUAGAUUCUACCAUUUCAGUUGUUUCAUUUCCUGUAGAAAGCUAUAUAUAAUGUAGAAUAAACAUGGAAAUUCAGUGUUGUUUUCUCCUAGCUAGCAAGUGUGUGUAUCAAGUAGUCAAAUAAGGAUUAUGAAAUGUAAUGUAAAUAUUGGUGAAGUGAAUAUUGCAUCAAUUAGUCACUACAAUCAUAGUUGUGUUGUUGUA